ACGUGAUCGGGCACUGAGCAGCUGUGCAGCUUCUUUCGUCAGACAACGGGAGUCGCAGGCGCUGAAUACACGCAAUCUCGCACCCAGUUCAAUAAGUGCUCGGUGAACCGGUGCCGACAGGAGCGUCGUGUCCGCGAAACAACAUGGGGGAUCGAGUGGCUUUAAUGCUGCUGGCCGUUGCGGCGUCGGCUCUGGCUGCCGAGGUGCCCACAGAUGGUUCGAUGGGACUGCUGGCUGAGCCCCAGGUUGCCAUGUUCUGCGGUAAACUCAGCAUGCAUGUCGAUGUGCAGAGUGGCAAGUGGGAACCAGACCCUUCAGGCACCACGAGCUGUGUUGGUACCAAGGAGGGCAUCCUGCAGUAUUGCCAGGACGUUUAUCCAGAGCUCCAGAUUACCAAUGUGGUCGAGGCCAAUCAGCCCGUCAGCAUCCAGAACUGGUGCAAGAAGGGUCGCAAGCAGUGUCGCAGUCACGUUCACAUUGUCGUGCCCUACCGCUGUUUGGUCGGAGAAUUUGUGAGCGACGCCUUACUGGUUCCGGAUAAGUGUAAGUUCUUGCAUCAGGAGCGCAUGGACCAGUGUGAGAGCCACCUGCACUGGCAUACUGUGGCCAAGGAAUCCUGUACAGACCGGACCAUGAAUCUCCAUGACUACGGAAUGCUUCUUCCAUGCGGUAUUGACCGUUUCCGAGGGGUGGAGUUUGUGUGCUGCCCGACAGAGGGUGAGCGUGACGCUGACAGUGCUGAGCAGGAUGGCGAUGAUUCAGAUGUUUGGUGGGGUGGAGCAGAGACUGACUAUUCUGACAACAGUAUGGUGCGAGAGCCGGAGCCAGCAGAGCAGCAAGAGGAAACCAAGCAAUCUGUGGUAGAGGAGGAGGCGGUCGAGGAAGAUGAUGAGGAAGAGGACAUGCUGAACAACGACCAAGAUGGGGAUGGGGAGGAGGAUGAGGAAGAUGAAGAGGAAGACAUAGUUGACACGCUUGAUGACAAUGAUGACGAGCCAGCCACCAAUGUUGCCAUGACAACAACGACCACCACCACCACCACUGAAUCAGUCGAGGAGGUCGUCAAGGAUGUGUGCUGGGCCAGUGCAGAGACUGGUCCAUGCCGGGCCAUGCUGCCCCGCUGGUACUUUGACCGCCGGGAGGGCCGCUGUGUUCAGUUUAUCUACGGCGGCUGUGGAGGCAACAGGAAUAACUUUGAGUCCGAGGAAUACUGCCGGUCUGUCUGCAGAAGCGUCAUCCCCACAGCCGCACCCGGCUUUCCUGACGCUGUGGACCACUACCUGGAGACGCCUGCUGAUGAGAACGAGCACACCCAUUUCCAGAAGGCUAAAGAGAGCCUGGAGGCCAAGCACCGUGAAAGGAUGUCCCAGGUGAUGCGAGAGUGGGAAGAGGCUGAAAGGGAAGCCAAGAAUCUUCCACGCGCAGACAAGAAGGCAGUCAUUCAGCGUUUCCAAGAGAAGGUAGAAACACUGGAGCAGGAAGCAGCCAGCGAACGGCAGCAGCUGGUAGAGACUCACAUGGCCCGAGUGGAAGCUCUGCACAACAACCGACGUCGCCUGGCACUGGAGAGCUACCUGACCGCCCUGCAGCAGGACCCCCCCAGGCCUCGUCAUGUCUUCAGUCUGUUGAAGAAGUAUGUACGUGCUGAGCAAAAGGACAGGCAGCACACCCUUAAACACUUUGAACAUGUUCGUAUGGUGGACCCAAAGAAGGCGGCGCAAAUCAGGCCUCAGGUGCUGACCCACCUGCGUGUCAUUGAAGAGCGCAUGAACCAGUCAUUAGGACUUCUCUACAAGGUGCCUGGUGUGGCUGAUGACAUUCAGGACCAAGUUGAGCUUCUGCAGAGGGAACAAGCUGAGAUGGCGCAACAGCUGGCCAACCUGCAGACAGACGUAAGGGUGAGCUACGGUAACGAUGCCCUGAUGCCCGACCAGGAGCUGGGAGAUGGCCAAACGGAGCUGUUGACUCAGGAAGACACACUGGGCUUGGGAGGAGUUGGCUUGAUCCACCCCGAGAGCUUCAACCAGCCUAACACUGACAACCAAGUUGAGCCUGUGGACUCCCGCCCCAGUCUUGACAGAGGUGUCCCCACACGGCCAGUGACUGGGAUGAAGAUGGAGUCUAUUCCUGAACUCCGAAUGGAGAAGGGAGACAGACAGAGUACUGAGUAUGAGGUUCACCACCAGAAACUGGUCUUCUUUGCUGAGGAUGUAGGCUCCAACAAGGGUGCCAUCAUUGGCCUGAUGGUUGGUGGUGUUGUCAUAGCGACAGUGAUCGUCAUCACCUUGGUGAUGCUUAGGAAGAAGCAGUACACCUCUAUCCACCACGGAGUCAUCGAGGUGGAUGCCGCCGUUACCCCUGAGGAGCGCCACCUGUCGAAAAUGCAGCAGAAUGGCUAUGAGAACCCAACGUACAAGUUCUUUGAACAGAUGCAGAACUGAGGGGGAUGUCAUAUCUCUGUACACACACACAAACUCACGUCUCAUUCCACACCUUAAGCACCUACCUUCCCCCCGUCCCCUUCCCAGAGUAGAGUGACGUCAGCAGUAUGGCAUGAACCAAGCAGUGACUGAGCAUACGGAGCGUUUGUGUAGCCAUGUUUUUUUUCCACUACUGCUUGGGUGGAGGAUACUGUGGCUGAGCCAGUUUGCACCACGUUUGUUCACUUUAUUGGAGCGACAUGCCUUUUAAUUAGAGAGAGUUUUAACGUUGUUCCAUUUGGGCCUGCUGAUGUAUGGAAGUGGCCCCGCCCAGUGCAAGCCAACUCACCAUUAAUGGAAGAAGCCUGUUCGCGCCAUACUGAUCCAGGAUCAGUAGGUUUAGUUUUCUUAGCAAGUAGCAAAUUUAGGUGUGAAAAGGCAAAUCUGGCCUCUGAUCAGGAAUAUGGUUUCCCGGCUUCAUGUAUUCCAUUUUUAAUGAGCGGGAAAAAUGUAUCAUUUUUAAUAAAUUGCAGGUUUAAGUCAAUUAGGUUAUUUCAGAAAUGAGGCCCAGUCUAUUCUCCUCUUCCUGCACCGAUGCUGCGCUCUACUCUCGACACUGGAGAAAAAAAAUAUCAUAACUACCACCCCUACCUUCCCCCACCCUCUCUCCAUUCGCUUUUCUCUGUGUAUUCUUAUGACAGCUGGGCUGUGUUAAGUCACACAAGGCUCUUAAGGCUAAAUAUAUGGCGAUGAUAACAAACAUGUUGAUGACGAUGCUAGUAAUUAUGUAUUCUGAAUGAGCUGUUUUUAUUUUCCUUUUCUCUCUAUGGGUUCAGUUUUGUUUUUCAAAAAAGAAAGAAAACAGAGUAAAAAAAGAUUUCGUCAUUUUUUUUAAACUUGUGUGAUGUACUGAAGUAAUGCUGAAGUUGUAGUCGUUCCUAUGUAGUGCAUGACAAAAAUGACAACAGGAUUUUGAAAGAAAAAAAAUAUCUUCACACUCGAACGUCUCUCACUUAUAGAUUAUGCUAGCAAGAUUGUACAUUUCGUAUCCUCUCGUGAUUGCGUGACUUCAAACAAUGAUGAAAAAAUAUAUAAAUCUAGUUGAACAGGUUCUGCUUUGGUAUCUAAUACACCCUUAAAGAGAUCUGUGAUUUUUGGAAUUUUAAGUGCUUUUCUUGGUUCAUUUCAAAAUGUGUUAAACAUUCUUACGUUUUCCUGAAGUAGGUGGAGGAGGUGGCUUCAUACGUAUAUUAUUUUUCAUUUAAUUCAAUAUUGUAAAGUCCUGGUUGCUCGGCGCUCACCCUUUUUUUAUUUUUGCUUUGGAGUUUGAAUCUUUUUGGAUUUUUUUUUUCGUGCGAGGUAUCUUGUGUGGGUGAUGGUUUGCAGGAGUCUAGCAAAGGCUGGGUUAGAAUUACAUGUGUGCAUUUUGCCAUUUUUGGUCUGGUGUUUUUGCAAGCAGGCUUUUAUCCAAUUUUGGUUGAGCAAUGAUUUUCCUGUCUGCUGAUGGAACAGGUGGAGUGCUGAUGGGAGGGAGGACACAAGAGUGUGGUAGAGAAGAAAUGACUUGCAGUUCUGCAUGAAUAGCCAGGCUGGCAGGCAGUCUGUAUUUAUAAUGGGGUUUGCGCCAUUUGCCAGCCCCUCCCCCAGCACAAUCGCCUCGCCUCUCCCCUUCGUCUUUGUUUCUCUUCAGGUAUGCUGCUCGCCUUUCUGCCAUCCAAGCACAUUUGAGUUCUCUGCUGUCUGUAUAUUGAUCAUUAAGUUGGGAGCUGGAAGGCAAAAGUCAAGCGUUCUUUUGAUUUCUAUGAUGAGCAACAGUCACAAAAGCAGAAAGCUCUUUCCAACGGCUUAUUCCAUCCCAAUAUCACACUGAAAGUGUGACCUCUCACAUGGUUAUACAUUUAAAAUACUGGUCAUUGAAUUGUUCUUUGGCAAUAGAGUUGUCGGCAUGCUUUCACACGAGUGCUCACAAGCAGCAUGACAGAAAGUAGAAGAAAUAUGGAAGCAGGAUUUCUUUUAUUUUUUUUCUGCUGAUUGCGUUGUUUUUUUUUUUUUUCACUGAAAUAUUCUGGAGACCAUUUGCAUUGGCUGGAGAAACGCUUUCUACACUGUAUUCCAUAAUAAAGUUUUGAAUGUA